UCAUUGACGUCUUUUUUGGCCGUGUUUGUGUCGACCACGUUCAUCAAAUUCCAAUAGAAAAAAAGUUUUUUUUCCGUGCAAACUAUAAGAGCUUAAUUUUUUUUCGCAAAAACCGAGAAUGGCACCGAAAAAUAAAAUUGAUGAAAGUGAAAAAAAGCCCUUGAUCGGGCGAGUUGGUACCAAUCUACGUGUUGGUAUCGUUGGCGUUCCGAAUGUAGGCAAAUCCACAUUUUUCAAUGUUUUAACUAAAAGUGCUGCACCGGCUGAGAAUUUUCCUUUCUGUACCAUCGAUCCGAAUGAAAAUCGUGUGCCCGUGCCAGAUGAACGGUUUGAUUAUCUUUGUGAAUACCACAAACCAGCCAGCAAAGUUCCGGCUUAUUUGAAUGUUGUUGACAUUGCCGGUUUGGUGAAAGGUGCUGCUGAAGGUCAAGGCUUGGGAAAUGCUUUUCUUUCACACAUCAGCGCUUGUGAUGCUAUUUUCCAUCUGUGUCGCGCAUUCGAUGACCCAGACGUUACUCAUGUUGAAGGUGAAGUCGAUCCAGUACGCGAUUUGGACAUUAUUGCCGAAGAAUUACGGUUGAAAGAUGAAGAAACAAUAGAUAAAACUCUUGAAAAAAUGGAACGAACCGUUAUUCGAGCCAAUGACAAGAAAAUGAAGCCCGAAUUUGACACUUUAGUGAAGGUGAAAUCUGUCUUAUCUGAACAGAAGAAGCAUAUUCGAUUUGCAGACUGGAGUGCUCACGAUAUCGAAGUGUUGAACAAAUAUUUGUUCUUAACAUCAAAGCCGUGCGUAUAUUUGGUGAAUUUAUCGGAGAAAGAUUUCAUCCGUAAGAAGAACAAAUGGCUCAUCAAAAUCAAAGAAUGGGUUGAUAAGAAUGAUCCAGGCAGUGUAAUUAUACCAUUUUCGGGUGCGUUCGAGCAUAAAUUAGCCGAUUUCGAACUCGAUGCCGAGCGUCAAGCUUUCGUAGAAGAAGUCAAGUGUGUUAGUGUGUUGGAUAAAAUCAUUGUCAGCGGAUACAAAGCAUUGCAAUUAGAAUACUUUUUUACGGCUGGUCCAGACGAGGUCAGAGCCUGGACUAUCCAAAAAGGAACGAAAGCACCUCAAGCUGCCGGUAGAAUUCAUACCGACUUCGAGAAAGGUUUCAUUAUGGCCGAAGUUAUGCAUUACGUUGAUUUCAAGGAAGAAGGUUCUGAGGCCGGGGCAAAAGCAGCCGGUAAAUAUCGACAACAAGGAAAAACAUACGUUGUUGAAGAUGGUGACAUUAUCUUCUUUAAAUUUAACGCGGGCUCCGGAUUGACUACUAAGAAAAAAUAAGUCAACACCUAUCAACUCGCAAAAAUAUUAUUUCUAAUUGCAUUUUCAAACUGAUUCUGAUCAUGAUUUGUAUCUGUUAAUCUAAUGAUUUGAUUUUUUACGCUUUAAUUUUUUUCAACUUUCACAAUUAACAAAUAAACGUGAACGGAAAAAUUA